AUGCCACGAAAAGAAAGGCAGCGAAACACAACCAUGGCGAAUUACCCAGAUGAGCCGCAGGUUCUUCCACGGCGCUCCCCAAGAAAACCCCAAAAUGUCGCCACGCCAAUGGAAAUUGAAAGUCAGGACGGACCAGAGAGGUUCGCGCCUUGGUAUCCUCUUUUGCAGCAAAUCAGGAGAGAUAAUCGGAACCAGAAACCCAAUGACACGAUUCUUGUCCCAGUGGCGAACGACCACCUACAACAGGCAGAAAAGGACAUUCUGAAACAUAUAAACCGCACCAUGAGCGCUGCUCCCAAGAUCUUCGACAACCAUCUCGUCCCCUCAAACGACUAUCCGGCUGUACAGCUGCGCAACGGUGUUCUCACAUUGGAUUUGUCCAGACCACCGAAAAACUUGGGAUGGCUACGAAGCCGACUCAAAUCUUCACGCCAUGUGCCUGACUGGCCUUCCCACAAGUGGCAGACAUACGCGAGACAUUCUUACACGAGCACAACGAAAGAAGCCAUCAUGUGCGAAAUGAUGCCACUGUUUCAAGAUUUUCCAAACAAGCCCGAGUACAUCAGAUCAUUCUACCAGCGCUUCGAUGAGUUCCCCGAGUACGCAACCUUCUCUCGGGGAAUCGAGAAGCCCCGUCCCGGAUUCGCCCAAGGCUUUAGCGUGGCAGCUUACUCGUGUAUGAAAAUCGAAUAUCUAUCAGCGGCCGUAUGCGUCUUUCACGAUCAUGCUUCGCUUGUUCUCCCACACAUCGCCGGCGACUUCACAGCCGGAGAUGUCAACGAUCUAGAGGCAUUAAGCGCACGCCACGGAGCGGCACUCGUCUACAUGAGGAACCUAGCUCUAGACCACAUGAGGGUAGAAGUUAUAAAAGACAUGGCUGGAAUCAUAACUUUUACCACGAACGGCACGUACAUCAACUUCUUUGCGCACUAUGCGUCGACGUCGGCUGAGGGCAAGGUGGAAUAUCACCAAUACCCUAUCGCAUCGGUGAACCUGAUGAGAUCUUAUUUUGAGUUUAUUCAGGGCGUUACCAUGCUUCGAAACUGUCAAGAGUAUGCCCUUUCGAUGGCUACUGCUCUCAGAGACGAUCUGGAGAAGUAUCAUGUGAGAAACGGUGCCAAUGCUUGGGCUUAUCACCUUGAACAAGGUGAUCAUAUAUUGUCGGAAAGCGAGGAUAGCGAGAUGGAGGAUGGUGAAUGCAGUGAGUAUGGAAACAAGGACGUCACUGGUCGGAACAGAGGGCCGAGUUCUCAGAAGCGACCGGCUGGUAAAAGUCCCGACGAGUCUCCAAGAAAGCGGAGGAGGUGA